CUGCCAUUCAAAGCCUCUGUCGGUGCUGCCUCUCUAUCUCCUGAGGGGCUCAGACGUUAGGAGGGGAAGACAUAAAUGCUGACACAGAAACCUCCCGCUCCGCGUCUGAGGAGGGUCUUAAGCUGUCAGAGGGUGCUUAGGAGAGCGCUAGUCUGGAUGAAGAAACCACGCACAGUGCAUUAUCACUUCAGGCUUCUGGAGGGAACCAGCCAAUGAUAGUGUGUGUGUGUAGAAGUUCUCUUGUCUGAUGAGGUUUAUCUCAGGAUGAAUGAGUAAUGUGUCUACGGUGCAUGUUUUUCUUCUUCACAGGAACAACUGUCACGGAGAUGGCAGAGGUUUGAUCUUUAUGCGGAGAAGAAAACGCUAGCUUCUGUUCAAUACCCUCUGACAUGUCUCUGGGAGGGGGAGUACAGGCAGGUGAUCAAAGUACAAGUCAAGUGUCAGGAGUGUUUUUGUUGACGAUGUUCAUUAAUAGAGGCCACUCAAAACCCUCUCUUUGAUCACUUUCUGCUGACGAGGACAGUAUCCAUCAAAUGGAUUAAAUGAAACGAGGGCCAGUGAAGAAAUACAAUUACUUAAGUUAUGCAAAUUGAGUGUAUGUUUUGUUAUUGUGGCAAUGACCUGUUUUACCAGCUAUAAUAUGAGCGAGAACCUUUACUGACCAUUGAUAGUGACAUAGCGACCUCAGGUGGCCAUUUUUUAUUCAGCGCAUCUCGAGAUUUGCGUGUCAAAAACAACAAUCUCGAACAAUUUUGGACGAACUCGACCACCGUACUCGAUACCCUUUCCCCUCUAUCUCACUAUGGUGUUUUUUUUUCUUUCUAACUUUUAGUUACUAUAGCUAAGUUUGUACCUUCAUUUUGCAGUGCCUUUACACAGACAGUCAUUAUAUAUAUAUUUUUCGUUUUCCAUCAUGUUCACGACCACCGGUUCCCGAGGGCUCGAUAAGGCCCCCCUGUCUAAAGGUCUCCUCCUGGUCCUCAGUGGUCUGACUGUCGUGCUAAACCUCCUGCCACAGUACAAUCACCUGUUCACCUACAGCCUGCAGGCCAUCACGCUGCAGCACCAGGUAUGGCGGUUAGUGUGUGGCAGACUGAUCUGUCUGGACCUAAAGGACACCUUCUGCAACAGUCUGCUCAUCUACAACUUCCGCAUCUUGGAGAGACGGUUCGGCAGCAGAAAAUUUGCUUCCUUCCUGUUUGGGACGUGGGUGCUCACUGCACUGGUGGACUUCCUGCUGUCCGAAGCGUUUCACUACCUGUUUGACUACCAGGUGUCUGAGCUGCCUGCCGGACUCGGGACCUCUAACUGGGCUGCCUGCCGGACUGUGAGUACCUCUACCUUUACACCUGUCCUUCACAGCGGGACCUCUAACUGGUCUGCCUGCCGGACUGUGAGUACCUCUACCUUUACACCUGUCCUUCACAGCGGGACCUCUAACUGGGCUGCCUGCCGGACUGUGAGUACCUCUACCUUUACACCUGUCCUUCACAGCGGGACCUCUAACUGGGCUGCCUGCCGGACUGUGAGUACCUCUACCUUUACACCUGUCCUUCACAGCGGGACCUCUAACUGGGCUGCACACAUGUUCUUGACACCUGAGCUCAAUCCCUAAAUCAAUCCCUUGCUCCUAUG